UCAUAAUUUUGGCAAGUUUUUUCUCUCUAGUUUUUCAGCACAGGCCUAAAAAAUCAGGGUGCGUCGACGAUGGAUUCCUCCCUGUUAUCCGCAUCUCCUUUCUCCUCUCUGCCAACCAGAAAUUCUCCUUUAGGAACCCUGAGGAGAUCAGACACAAGGCAUUUGUCGUAUACUUUUCUCAGGAGAAUGAAUGAACCACCAACAUGUAUAUUGGCAGUUUCAAAUAAAUCUCAAGGAAAAGGAAGGUCAAGUGAUGUGAUUAUGAUGGUAGAUCCUUUGGAAGCUAAACGUUUAGCAGCCAAACAGUUGCAAGAAAUCCAGGCUAAAGAAAAGCUAAGAAGGCAACGCAGAAUUGAAGCAAUUAAUGGUGCUUGGGCUAUGAUUGGAUUAACUGCAGGCUUGGUUAUUGAGGGUGAAACUGGGAAAAGUAUAGUAUCCCAGCUGGCUGGGUAUUUGGAUGCCAUCUUCAGCUUCUUCAGUAGAUAGCAUUCAGUUUACUAUUAUCAUUCAACAUUGUGGCAGUGAAUUUCUUCAUUUUAUUUGAGAUAUUUUUCUGUCUACUGAAGCUGACAUAUUACUUGAGAGGGUAAUCUGUGUUAGUAAACACCAUUGAUGACCUUUGGCUCAUAAUUCUGGUCUGCUUUACAAGUUUUGUAUACCAAAAAUUCAGCUAAUGAAAGUGGAUGAUUUUGCUACA